AUGAAGUUCGCGGAACAUUUAAGCGCUCAUAUAACGCCUGAAUGGCGAAAACAAUAUAUUAACUAUGAGGAAAUGAAAGCCAUGUUGUAUACAGCAGUAGAGGAAGCCCCGUCGGCAGAGAAUGUUGAGCCAGAAGUAUUGUCCAGACAUUUUGCCAACUUUGAUGAAACAUUCUUUCAUUACUGUGAUGAGGAACUAAAGAAAAUCAACACAUUUUAUUCUGAAAAGUUGGCAGAGGGAACAAGAAAAUAUGCAACUUUGCAGAGUGAGUUAAAAUCUCGAUUUGAUACAAUGAAACCAAAAAGUGGAGGUGAUAGCAAAAAAGCAGUACCACGACGAAAAUUACAGGAAUUAAAGCUGGCAUUUAGCGAAUUUUAUCUUAGUUUAAUACUACUACAAAACUACCAGAAUUUAAAUUAUACAGGAUUUAGGAAGAUAUUAAAGAAACAUGAUAAGUUAUUAAAUGUGAGUAAUGGGGCGCAAUGGCGGGCAGAGCAUGUAGAGACGUCACAUUUUUACACAAAUAAAGACAUCGACAGAUUGAUCAGCGACACAGAGGCUACAGUCACAAAUGAUCUCGAAGGAGGUGACAGACAAAAAGCAAUGAAGAAGUUGCGUGUCCCACCUUUGGGAGAGCAGCAAAGUCCCUGGACUACGUUUAAAGUGGGACUGUUCUCAGGGUCCUUUAUAGUUUUAUUUAUCACUGUUGUACUCUCAGCACUUUUCCAUGAAGGCGGCACAGAAAACUUCAAAACGGCAUUUCGGUUAUACCGUGGGCCAUUUCUUCUUGUUGAAUUUAUCUUCCUACUAGGAAUUAAUGUGUACGGCUGGCGUAGUUCUGGAGUCAACCAUGUACUGAUUUUUGAACUGGAUCCUAGAAAACAUCUUUCCGAACAGCAUCUUAUGGAACUCGCUGCUAUCUUUGGUGUUGUGUGGGCGCUCAGUAUUUUAAGCUUUAUUUAUAGUGCAAGUUUGAGUAUACCGCCAUUCGUGAAUCCAUUGGCGUUAGUUGUGAUAAUGUUGGCCUUCCUCAUGAAUCCUCUCAGAGUAUUUCGUCACGAGGCCCGCUUCUGGUUUCUAAGGAUAUGUGGCAGGAUCCUAGCGGCGCCAUUUAUGCCCGUUCUGUUCGCGGACUUCUGGCUAGCUGACCAGUGGAACUCAUUUGUGUUUGCAUUUCUCGAUUUUCACUACCUUGUGGCAUUCUAUGUGGCCGGAGCGGAUUGGUUUGAUGUUAAUGACGAAUUCGAAACAACGAAAUGGUACAUAAUAUCUCGUGCCCUGGUGAACAUAAUCCCUGCUUGGACACGUUUUUGGCAAUGUCUCCGCCGUUACCGGGACAGCAAAGAGGCGUUUCCCCAUCUUGUGAACGCGGGGAAAUAUUCUACUACGUUCUUUGUGGUUCUGUUUUCGACUUUGAGGAUUAUAUAUAGACCAAACUACUCAAAUACAUACGACAAUCCGUGGCUAUACGCGUGGAUGGCAUGUCAAUUCAUAUCGUCGUGUUACACGUACACUUGGGACGUUCGAAUGGAUUGGGGGCUUCUCACUGUCGGACCUGCAGCGGAGAAUGCCUUGCUUAGAGAUGAAAUCGUCUAUAGUGUUUGGUUCUAUUACUUCGCAAUAAUAGAAGACCUAGUGUUGCGUUUCAUUUGGGCACCUGCGUUCCUCUUAACGGAGAACCAAUUAGUUAGCGGCGAAACGAUGGUCUCCAUACUAGCGCCCUUAGAAGUUUUUAGACGUUUCAUAUGGAACUUCUUCCGCUUGGAAAACGAGCACCUCAACAACUGUGGUAAAUUCCGUGCCGUUCGGGACAUAUCGGUGGCGCCACUUGAUUCCUCGGAUCAGGCUCUAAUACUGCGAAUGAUGGAUUUGCCCGAUGGCGUUGUUAAUAGGCAAACGAAGAAAAAGAAUCCAAAAAAGAUAAAAGAGAACGACCGAAAACCACUCUUGAAGAAAGAGUCUAUACAUGACCUUCAACUUGAGUUAGAUUUGUCCUCCAAAAUGUUGUAA